CUCGAAUCUCUUCCUCAGCCCUGAGCACUUUUCCCGACAUUAUGUCCUCACGUGCCACCAGCUUGCCAGGUAAACUCUGGUGCCACUAGGGCCACAAAAAUGUGGUUUUUUUUGAAGCUUUUAAUUGAGCACUCUACCAGAUCAUGUUACAGGACUACGAUUUAGUGAGAAUGUCAAAUUAUACAUGGGGAGAAAAUAAUUUUUCAAAAUGCUGCAUUCAUGACAUGGCAAAGACGGCAUUACCCACCGAGGGGGCCAGCCCAGCUCAGGCCCUGCCAGCCCAGUACCACAGGAGCGCCUUCCGGCUUGGGGUACGGAACACGGGGUUCUCUCCAGAGCCCACCCUUUCCUCCGCAGACUGCAUUUUGGGGGACCCUCAGAACAGGAAGCAGCUGAGGCGGAACUGCACCAUCUACCGGCCCUGGUUCUCCCCUUACAGCUACUUUGUGUGCACAGACCAGGAGAGCCACCUGGAGGCCUACAGCCUCCCAGCGGUGCAGCGGGACGAGGGCAGGGGGGACAGCUGCCUUCCGGAGGACUUGGCCGAGAGCCUCUGCUCACCGUCUUCCUCCCCGGAGAACACCUGCCCCCGAGAGGCUACCAAGCAGUCCCGGCCCGGCCUGGACUCCACGGACUACAUCACGUCCCAGGACAUUCUCACGGCCUCCAGGUGGCACCCGGCCCUGCAGAGCGGCUACAAGUGUGCAGCCUGCUGCCGCAUGUACCCCACUCUGCACUCCCUCAAGAGCCACAUCAAGGGGGGCUUCAGGGAGGGCUUCAGCUGCAAGGUGUACUACUGCAAGCUCAAAACCCUCUGGGGCAAGGAGCAGAAGGCCCGGCCAGGAGACAGGCUCUCCUCGGGCGGCUGCCAGGCCUUCAAGUAGCCCGGCUGGAGGGCCGCAGCUGUCCUGUUAGCGGACAUCUCAGGGAAAGAGGGGUUGAAGCCUAGUUGUGUCUACAGAGAGAUGUCAAUAAACCGAAGUU